AUGGCUCCGGUGCAGACAUAUAUGCCUGGGAUGUAUGACUACUCGGUCAUGCAACCUCUGAGUGCAGUGCCUUACAGUCCAUAUGUCGAUCAAUACUCCGUCCUCGGUAUGGUCUCAAUGCAACUCGAAUAUUACUUCUCGUUGGACAACCUGUGCAAAGACAUGUAUCUUCGGAAGCACAUGGACUCACAAGGCUUCGUAUUCCUUACCGUUAUCGCAGACUUCAACCGCAUAAAGCACCUCACCACAGAUCUCGAGUUGAUAAAAUACGCCUGUUACCAGUCCCGUGACAUCGAAUUCAGAGUAGGCCCGGAUGGCAACGAGAGAUUACGACGGCGAGAGGGCUGGGAGCAAUGGGUGCUGAGUAUGGAAGAUCGUGAUCCGUCAGCAAGGAACAAUGGACCGGAGGACCUACAUUACCCACCAGUCCCUCAUCCGGCGGGUUUUAAUUCGCAGUACAUGGUACAACAUCAAACGGGCAACCCUACAUCACCUUCGAGCCCAAACUUUGUGCCGAACGGCACUCCUUAUCAGUCACUAAACGGUGUGACCUCUCCGGCGUCGCAAAGCAACGGUGGAGCUAGCCAGCUGUCCAACGGUGUACCGCCUACGGAACCAGCAGUCGCGGGUCGCCGUAGCUCCACCACCAGCGGCCCUGCCUUUCAUCCUUACUCUCCGAACGAUCUUCAAACCGAACCUGACUCGUUUCCCAACGAGCAGAUCGAAGGACUAACAGUGAUCGUCCGACCCGCCACGGAGAAAGCGCCUCCUUUCCACACUGCCUCUUCUCGUACAUUUUCAAAUGGCUCUCUCGACAGUAGAUCCAUCGCAGAUGAACUUUCUAAAUUUGACACGCGCCGCAAUAGCUCACAAAUUAAUGGAAAUCCUCCUUCUCUUGGAUCACCGAGCCCGGGCUCCUUGUCCAAUGCCAUCCGAUCUAAUACAAGCUCGCCAUCCACCGGGUUGCAGAUGUUCUGGGUGAAGGACAGCGAUCGGCCGGUCAAUGCCCGACCUGAAAACACUGACAAUGAGCUGUAUUCUGAAAUCCGAGACAAAGCGCUUGUUCAGCGCAGCGCAGCUACAGGCAAAUGCCCCUACGACAUGGACGUCCUCUACCAGUUUUGGGCACAUUUUCUGAUCCGGAACUUCAACACGUCCAUGUAUGACGAGUUCCGAAGUCUGGCUUUCGAGGACUUCCAGAACGGCUCUGUUAUUGGAAUGAAUAAUCUGGUCCGAUAUUACGGCCACGCACUCACCAGCGAAAUCGUCAUCCGCGAGCGUAUCGCCAGACACUACGUUGACCUCGUCAAAUGGGAAAACCCUGACCAAGAGAAGCCUGCGUUUAAGCAGCUCCGGUCUGCCUGGAGAAAUGGUGCCUUGAACCUGAAGAACCGCAAGAGGAUCAGUGGCUACGUCGACGCUGAUCUCAGAGCUGCGCUCGAGCAGUGA